UCAUGCAUCGAGACUAGACAGAAAAUGUGCCGUGUGCUUGAGUCUUCUAUGGAACGCCGAUGGGGCAGUAGUCAGUGAAUUUUCUAAUGCGGUUCCGAGGUAUCUUAACAGCCGUCUGUGCGGUAUCCUGUCGUCUCUGUGCAUAAUCCUAUGCCUUGGACUGUCUCUCGUCAUCAUGUUCCUCUACAUCUAUAACUUCUGGGGAAGUAGCGAGAAUCUGACACACUUUGUAUCCUUCAUGACGUAUGUUGUCGUUCUCGCUGGUAUCAGCCUGGUGUGUACGGUAUUUAACGCCAUGUCAUGGACACCAGUGAAAGAUGGUUCCUGGUGUGAGGUGUUUCAUUUGGACUACACAGCAAGGCGGUUGCGCUGCCUGGCUGGUCGCAGAUUCCCGCUACCUGAAGCUUUGUUUCUUUCCCUCAUCAUUGUGUGGGUUUUUGUCAACAACUCAAUGCAGGCAGUGAAUCUUGCCCAAUACCUGACAAAACCAGCCAACGCUACACCCAAAGUCAUCGUCGACAUGUCUCUGAAUGACCCAAUUCCUGGUGAUAUCUUCAGAUUUUUAAAAAACAUAAUGGAUUUCAUCAUUUCGCUGGUUGGGCUUCCGCUGUUCGCUUCAUUUUGGUUCUACAUCUUGGUCAUGCGGAGGGCCCUGGCUGCAGAGUUGAACCUAGUCCUGAUCUUUAUCAAACGCAACGAGGGGAACCUGGUUCAGUGCAGGCGACGCAUUGCCGAGAUUAACCGAGAAUUCGGUCUCCUUCGAGAGGUCCUCGCUGUCCUGGUGCCGUUCGUUAUGGCCUCAUCCGUGCUGGGACUCACCGUCCACAUCACAUGGAACUACGACGUCUACAGCAACCCAAUGAAGAACAUCGCACGGGAGAAUUUACUCAUCAACAUCUUCAUCUUCAGUGAGAAGCUUAUGCUCCUCAUCAUUCCACUUCUCGCCGUUGGGAAUGUCAGCAUCGACUAUGUCUGGUCACAGUUUAUGUACGCCCUCUCGCGGCAGAGAAGUUUCGACAACGAAAAGUUCUGGGAUCAGCUGUUGAGUUAUGCUGUCGAGAUAAACACCGAAUGUAAAGGGCAUCACGUCAUGCUGUUUCUGGCCGUAAUUAGCUUGUACCUUGGUAGGAAUAUCACUGACCAGAAACUUGACUAUCGAGGCAUCGGCCGGGCAUUGUAACUUUGUUUUGAUCUUGGAUCAGCACUAUUAUGGUCAGUAUGGUUUGAGAAUGCAUGACCAACAACGCAGAUGAUGGCUAGGAACUAAAAUGGUGAUGUCCAAGGGAAUUUCUUCUGCCGGAGAUUCGGUCCCCCACAUUUCAAAAGAGGGCGCUACCAGAAGAAGUUUUAUCAUAAUUAUUUUACCAAGGGUACAUAAUCUCCGGGGACAUAAACCUCAACCACAUCGUCCACGGCACCAUUUUGCUAUCAUAGAUCAGCAAUGGUUAGUAGUUUGAGGCACAAGUCACCAAUAACGCAUAUGUGUCGGCUAGAACUCAAAGGGUCACGGUAGUCCAAGGGAAUUCCGUCUGCCGGUGAUUCUGCCCCCCCCCCCAUAAUUAUGGGAAAUUGACAUGGGGUGGAGGAGGAUGGUUCAAAAGAGGGCGA